AAUCUAUUGAUCCAGCCAUCAGGUACGAGAGUAUUAGGACAUAAUAAGCUCCGAAUGCGAUCGACUCAUCACUCAUCACUCUUUACCUCCACCUUUGACUCAACGCACCACCACCAAUUCACAUCACAAUUCCUUCCUCUUCCUUUCAAUUUCUUUGGACGAAUCUAGAACAAACCCCACACAUUACCGCUCCUAGAAAGGGCACACAAUAUGGCCACCGAGAAGAAGAUAUUGCCCGUUGAGGGCGAGAGGAAUAUCCUCAUCACCUCCGCACUUCCCUACGUGAACAACGUACCACAUCUUGGAAACAUCGUCGGCAGUGUGCUCUCUGCAGACGUGUUUGCCCGCUACGCUCGCGCUCGAGGCUACAACACCCUCUACGUCUGUGGUACAGACGAGUACGGAACAGCGACCGAGACAAAAGCCAUUGAGGAGGGCGUCACCCCACAACAGCUGUGCGACAAGUACUAUGCCCUUCACUCGGAAGUGUACAAGUGGUUCAACAUCUCCUUCGACCACUUCGGCCGCACGCCCACAAAACAGCAAACCGAUAUCGCGCAAGACAUUUUCCUCAAGCUCUACAAGAACGGAUUCCUGGAGGAGAGGACCACAACACAGCCAUACUGCGAGACUGAGAACCACGGUUUCCUCGCAGAUCGAUUCGUCGAGGGCGAGUGCCCACUCUGCCACUACGACGAUGCUCGAGGAGAUCAGUGUGACAAGUGUGGACAUCUCCUCGACCCUCUCGAGUUGAUCAAGCCAAGAUGCAAGCUGCACAAGGAUGCCACGCCAGUGCCCAGGGAAACAAAACACGUCUUCUUGUGCUUGGACAAGCUACAGCCCCAAGAGGAGGAAUGGUUCAAGAAGGCCAGCGCGGAGGGCAAGUGGAGCUCAAACGGAACCCAGAUCACCUCUGCGUGGUUGGCAGAGGGUCUGCAUGCCCGAGGAAUCACUCGAGAUCUCAAGUGGGGAACUGCAGUGCCACUCGACGGUUACGAUGAUAAGGUCAUGUACGUGUGGUUCGACGCCUGCAUCGGCUACGUCUCUAUCACUGCGACAUAUACAGAUGAGUGGGAGAAGUGGUGGCGCAACCCCGAACAGGUCAAGUUGUACCAGUUCAUGGGCAAGGACAAUGUGCCAUUCCACACCGUCGUCUUCCCCUCCAGCCAGCUCGGAACCAAGGACAAAUGGACCAUGCUGAACACCAUCUCCACCACCGAAUACCUCAACUACGAGAAGGGCAAGUUCUCCAAAUCCCGCGGCAUCGGCGUCUUCGGCAACAACGCAAAGGAGACCGGUAUCCCCUCCGACGUCUGGCGCUACUACCUUCUUUCUCACCGCCCAGAGACCAGCGACUCCGAAUUCGAGUGGAAAGAGUUCAUCGCCGCCAACAACAACGAGCUCCUCAAGAACCUCGGCAACUUCGUCAACCGCGUUGUCAAAUUCGUGAACUCCAAAAUCUACGACUCCGUCGUGCCGGACUACACCAAGUACACCGACCCAUACUUCGAGUCGCACAAGCAGAAGGUCAACGACCUGCUAAAGAAGUUCAUCGAGGAGUCCGAGGACGUCAAGAUCCGCGCUGCCUUGUCCACCGCGCUGCACGUCUCCAGCCUGGGCAACCAACUGCUGCAGGACAACAAGAUCGACAACCGUCUCGCGACCGAGGAGCCGGAGAAGUGCGCCGCUGUCGUCGGAACCGCCCUCUCGCACAUCCAUCUCCUCGCCUCCCUCAUCCAGCCCUACAUGCCCGACACCACGGCCUCCAUUCUCGAGCAGCUCAACGCCGAGUUCCUCAUCAUCCCGGACACCUGGGAGGCCAAGUCGAUCCCCGUCGGCCACACCCUCGGCAAGGCCGCCUACCUCUUCUCGCAGAUCAAGCCAGAGCGCGAACAGGAGUGGCGCGAGCAAUUCGGCGGUGCGGAGGCCCGCAAGGCAAAGGAAGAAAAGGCCGCAAAGGCCGCCGCCAAGAAGGCAGAGCAAGCCCGCAAGAAGGCGGCCCGCGCGGCGAGGAAAGACAAGGAGAACGAGGUGGUCGGCGCUGGCGUUGAGGCGGCCGAGAAGGGCGGCCAGGGAAACCAGCCAGCGGCCAAGACAGCAGAGCAGGAGGUCGCCGACGGCGUCAAGCAGGUCUCGCUACAGUCCUCGUAGAGCUGGGUCUGCGUCUGGAGUGCUUUCCUCCUGUUGGGCUCCGCGAUCUUCAUUCUUCUUUUCUUCGGUUGGGAUUGGGUUAAGGGAUAGGCUGUUGCUCUCGUCUCGGGCGUUUUAGAUGGCGGUGGGUCAUCAGGCUGGGUGGUCGGGUUGGGUUCGGGGUGUGCGGACACGAUUGAUUGUAAAGGUGUUGAUGAGUGAAGAUCGGAUGGGGAUUUUAUGUCGCUUGUUCUUUUCCUUGGGGUUCGUUCUACAUUCGAAGAUGAUUAGACCCUAGCGUGAAGAUAAGACUCUAUCAAUGACAACAUGUACGCAAAAUGAAACGCACAGUCUACAAACGAAUACCCGUAUUCAUCUUAUUAGAA